GUGUGUGUUUGUGAUGUGGAUAAGACAUGCAAACAUUAGGAAACAUACUACUGUCAUCUGUACACAGGCUUCACUUAGUUUACUUAGCUGUUCGCUAGAAAUUAUUCUUCCGUAUUGUAUUAACUGUAUGAUACGCACAGGUUCGUUUCCCUGCCGGUGAAUAUAUAUUAAUGUAAACUGUAGCAGUCAUGUUGACACUAGCGAGCAAGUUGAAGCGGGAGGAUGGCGUUAAAGGGAGACGAGCAUCCAACACAACCUCAGACUCUACUCGCAGAGUGUCCAUCCGAGACAGAUUACUUGUGAAAGAAGUAGCAGAACUUGAAGCCAAUCUACCAUGCACCUGCAAAGUAAAUUUCCCCGAUCCCAACAAGUUGCAUUACUUCCAGCUGAUAGUAAGCCCAGAUGAAAGUUACUACCAAGGAGGAAGAUUCCAGUUUGAAAUUGAGGUUCCUGAUGCAUAUAACAUGGUGCCUCCAAAAGUGAAAUGCUUAACGAGGAUCUGGCAUCCCAACAUCACUGAGACUGGCGAGAUCUGUUUAAGUUUACUGCGGGAGCAUUCAAUAGAUGGCACAGGCUGGGCCCCCACAAGAACAUUAAAGGAUGUUGUGUGGGGAUUAAACUCCUUGUUUACAGAUCUGUUAAAUUUUGAUGACCCUUUGAACAUUGAGGCAGCAGAGCAUCAUUUGAGGGAUAAGGAUGAAUAUCGAAAUAAAGUUGAGGAUUACAUAAGGCGCUAUGCCAGAUGAUGCCAUGAAGACAACUUCAUCACUUGGCGCUCCCUCCAGGAGAACUGGCCAACCUUGGUGAUGUUCCUAUGGACAAGUGGGGGAAGAAACUGGACUUAACACAACAGAUUUUGUGCCCUCCUCCUCUCAAAGACUCAGACAAUUAUUUUACCUCCAGCCCCCUGCACUCCCCUCAGAGCUUGAUGUUCCUCCUAAUCAGGACUUUCAAAAUGCUUCUCCCCCUUCUGGUUUGGCUUUUGAUGUGUGUGCUUUUUGAGUGGGGAGACUAACACGAGUUGUUUGUUUUUUCUUUUUUGUGUCAAAAACAGCUUUUAAAAGUACAGGGGCAUAAUGUGAAUUGAAAGGAAAAGAAACAUAUAUUAUAUGCUGAUGUCUAAAGCCACAUUAAUUCUAGGAUAUACAAGAUUUGAUUUCCAUGGGAGUUGUGCAACAUGUAGCAGGUCACAGAGGCACAAGGAUUUUGGCACCUAUUAUCAGAUUUUCUCCAGGUGUCCAGAAAAUAUAGAUCUGCCGUUUGCAGUGUUGUUUAACUUUGAGUAUUAACCAUUUUGUUGUCAGUUCUGCAAAUCAUUCUUCAGUAAAGAGUUUUAAAUAAAAACAAGGUAUUUUCAA